UGAGUAGGGUAUUCUUUGUGCUUAUAAAUUGUCAUGAGUUGACUCAGAGUUGCUGCUCAUAUGCUCAUGACAUAAGGCGAUCAAUACUAUAUGGGGAAGUUAGGGAACCUCAAGUUUUAUUUAUUGUUUCAUGUUGGGCCAAGCAAAUUCGUGAAGUUUCUGUACAUAUUAAUACAUUCUCCAUGCGGCAGCACUUUAUCUUGUGCCAAUGAAUAAAGGGCAGCGAGGAAUUUUAAAAAUGUUUCAAUUGCAUAUAAUUAUUUGUGUUUUCUAGUGUGAUAUCAUCAUGCCGUUGUUUUAUUCCGUGGUAGCACGGGGGACAACAGUGCUAGCAAAGCAUGCAUCUUGUGCUGGAAAUUUUGCAGAAGUUUCCCACCAGAUCCUGGGAAGAAUUCCUCCUGAAAAUGCCAAACUUACAUACACACAAUCAAGGUGAGACAUAAAUUGGAAAGUCUCUGUUUAGCAUCAUUAAAGAUGCUGUACAGUCCGUUCUACGCAUGCGUACAUUGGAGCCUCCUGCCAUGACAUUAUAAACAAUUUUAUUAGGUUUUUAUGUUCUUGCAAAGCCCAAUUGUUGUGUCUCGAUAAUUUAUUAUACUCUAUAAGCAUGAAAAUAUAAAUAGUUGUUGAAUAACGUUUUGGACACAAAAAUGUGAACAAAGGCUUUGUUUACAUACGGACUGUACCGCAUCUUUAAAGAAGGAAUCAAAGGGAAAUUUGGUAACAGGCACGUCGCACGUGCCCCUACGUUUUUCUGAAAGUAUUUCGCAUACUGUAUGAAGCAAAGAAAAAUUCCAUUUUAUAGAAAAAAAUCCAGGGGGGAGGCAGGUUUUGGUUUUCCUUUAGUGUGCUUUCUGCAAUUAGUCAUAUUUUGACCACGCUCAAUAUAUAUUUAUAUAUUUUAUUUUUCUUCCAUGUAGCUAUCUCUUUCACUAUAUUUGUGAAGACAGAAUAAUUUAUCUAUGUAUAACAGAUGAUGUAAGUAGAUUCUUCAGUGAAACGUGUAUGUACACUAUUUUUUUUAAUUUUUAUUAAUUUUUCAAUUAUAACAAUUGAACAAUCGGACAACAGGAUAAAUAAAGUCCUAAAUUAUUCAAGUCCUACCUGAAUACCUGAUUUACGGAUUUCAUAGCUGGUUUAUGAUGGGAGGCGUAUAAUAGUAUCUUUUCAAGUUACCUUUAUUUAGAACUGCUGGUCUCUAAAAAAACGUAAGGAAGUAUAACUUGGAAAAGAUAUAUUCAUAUAUUGUAUUUAAUUUUACAAAAUUGACCUUUUUCAAAAUGGCCAGUCCGGUAAUUGGAGUUUUACAAUUUGCAUUGUCUUUUCAUUGUUUUGAAAAUUCCACUGUUCUCCAUGGGAUUUUGUCACUCAUUAUUUUGGCUUACUAAAAGUAUUUUGCAAAGGCCUAUUGCGUAAAACAUCGGGAAUAGAUUAUUGAACAAUUAGCCUUUCUCACGCCGCCAUUUUUGAGGCACUGUAAUUUUUCGUAAACGAUUAUAACAAUGUGAAAAGCAAUAUUUCAGAACAAACUAACUAUUUACAGAGAAAAUUUACCAUCAUACACCCACAAAAUUAUAAAAUGUCGCCGUUACGUGGUGUAUACACUCGCAGAAUUGGCAAAAAAGUAACCCAAAAAUGGCGGCGUGAGAAAGGCUAAUUUAGCCUUUCUCACGAUGACGAAUAUCCGCCAUUUUUGGGUGGCAUCCAAUUCUCUGCAACGCAGGCAGCCGAGAAGCCCUGGGAACGAGGAUGUAACCAAUGCAGACAACUAAAACAAUGUGAAAAGCAAUUUUUCAAAAUAAACUAACCAUUUACAAAGCAAAUUUACCAUCAUUUGUCAAAAAAAUUAUAAAAAGUCGCUGUUAUGUGGACUUAUCUCGCAGACUUCGGCUGAAAUGCCACCAAAAAAUGGCGGCGUGAGAAAGGCUAAUUAAUGUUUGUUGAUAACACUUCGGAUUUAAUUUCUUAUUUGUUUUUACUUUUAGAAUUUUGAACGGUCGAAAGCGUUCUUAUUCUUGACGGAAAUCAAGAAAAGGUAAAAUAAGUACACACUCAGUCACUUUAAUCGUAGCUAUAUAUAACAAGUUCUGCUUGACGUAAUUUGGCACACCAUGAACAUGCUUAGCUAACAUGAACUGAACAUGUGAUAACACGUGCCUGUAUCACAAAGACGUACUAUACUUUCUUAUUUUAAGGUUUCAGCGAACGUAUCAAGGGCGUGUUGAUACUGCUUUACCAUAUGCAAUGAACAGCGAAUUUUCAAGAGUUCUAGCUGCCGAAAUGGUAUCAUUAUUUUUUUUUGCUUUCCAGAUUUUCUAGCAUAUUUCAACAUUUUAAAAGUAAUUCUUUUAUUUCAAUGCUCUAAAAACUGUAGUAAUGACAGAAACAGCAUGUCUUUGACCUAUAGCACUUUUACAUGAAGAAAAAUCCCAUCUCUGUCAAUAAUAUAGUGGUUUAAACAAUAAUGUAGUGGUUUGCAACCUAAGAAUUAUUUCUAUAUUUUCAGGUAGUUAUAGAUCUUUCAACUAAGCUCGUUAAUAAUAAUUGCACUCGUUCUUGGAAAUUUUGUCUUUUUGCUAUGGUAAUGCUCUCAAAUUUAUCAUAGAAACGAUAUUCUGAGUCUGGAGGAAAAGAUGACAACAUUGUCAGGGUGCAAGGUGAAAUAGAUGAACUUAAAGACAUUAUGGUGAAAAAUAUAGGUAUACGGUUUAUGCUAUAAUCAGUUUUUUCGAACCGUCUGUGCUAGCGUAGGUAUAGAGAUGAGAACAAGCAGCAAUCUUUAUCGACGAAGGGCCUUCGCUCGAAACGUCGCCAUGCAUUUUGCUUAAUAUAUUUUUCAUGUAGUUUUACUUCCUAUAAAGAUUGUUGCUUAUAUUUAGGGGUGCACCGGAUUUCAAAUCGAAUUAUCCGGCAUCCGGCCGGAUUUGGAGAAAAUCCGGCCGGAUUGAAAUUUCUGUUUUCACCUUAAAGAAUUCACCAAGAUUGGGAUAAACCAUCAAUUUGGCAGCUUUAAAGUUUAAAAAACACUUAUAUUAUUAUAAAAAAUUAAGUUAUUAACAAAAAGAUAUUUAAAAAAGGUUUAAACACAAUCAAAAAUCUUAACUGACACUAGCUAAAAAUAGUAAAAAACAUAAACCGCCAUUUUGAAUACUGAUUUAUCCCCAAUUGUCCCCAUUACCGGUUUAUCUCAAAUCCGGCCGGAAUUUUUGUCCAAAUCCGGUAAAUCCGGUUCCGGCCGGAUUUGAAAAUUCCAAAUCCGGUACACCCCUACUUAUAUUAAUUGAAAAUUAUAUCGUAUUUUAUUUCUCAGUGACUAAACAAAAUCGGCGACAUUUGGUUCGAUAUUAACUCUCAAUAGGGAACUAAUUAUCUGAUCCCUUUGCUUUCAUACAGAAAAUAAAGUUAUGCUUCUAUAGUAACUAUUCCGACUGGCAGCGCAAAAUGGCUAUUUUACUAAAUGUCCAAUUCUUAUAUAGCUGUAGUGCUUUAAGAUGAGGUUGCCACUGACACAAAACUUUCUUGAAAAAAGAACUUACAUGUGUAGAUGAGAGUGAUUAUCUUAUUCUAGGAAAUUAUAACGAUUCAUUAAAUUACCACGACACAAAUUACCUCGACAUAUAUCCUCAACGUUAUUUAAAUUAACGCGAAUUUUUAGAUAGUUUCAGAGCUUUUAUAGAUUGAUAUGUAUUGACUCAUAAUUCGGACAAGGCAUUUAUAGUAUACUGAUUUCAACUUUCAUUACUCACGUGUAUCAUAUUUCCAGACACAAUAUCCCAACGAGGUGAACGACUUGAACUACUGAUUGACCGUUCGAGAGAUCUGAAUACUGCUGUAAGUAUUUGCAAACAUUGGGUUGCCAGACAAGUUUUAAUAAGUGUAAAGGAAGCCUCGCAUAUCGAUUUUGUCCACGAGAAACGUCAUAUGGACGUUUGGGGGGUGGGGCGGGGUUCAGCUGUGACUUUCUCUAUAAAGCAUCAUGGAAAAAUUCUAUAGUUUUUUCCAAAGCCUUAUAAACAUUUCGGAAUCAUCCUUGCAGAAUAUAAAAAAGAAAACAACUUGAUACAAACACCAGUCUAUACAUUCGUAAUACCAUACCGUAAUUCCAUAAUUUGUAAUAGUAGAAAAUUACCUUUUGUGUACUAUAAGAACAAAAUAUGUGUGACGUUUAUAAGGGGCGGCGGGUCUCCAGAGAAACGUCCAUAUGACUGACGUUUCUCAUGGACAAAAUCGAUAUGUGAAGCUUCCAUAAACUACGCAAACUCCAAAGAUCAAAAUGUACGAUUCCAAAUUUUAUGCGUGAUAUUUUGAUACUGUAUAGUCAAUGACGUUUAAGAAAUCCAGCAAAACCCUGGCUCGUGUUAUGUGGUGGAAAAAUGUGAAAAUGAUUAUCAUUAUCACAAUUGUAGUUAUAGUAAGUAUAAGUAUUUUUUUCUCCUCCAAAGUUUAUUUUGACGUCCUAAUUAUAAGUUAAGUCUACGAAACCCAGCAAGUUAGAGCACACGUAGAGAUGCUCUGAUUUUAUGAAGUGCGAUAGAAGUAUUUAACUCUUCCCAAAUGGGAAAUAAAAAUGAAAUUAUGAAAUAUUAUAACGGCAUGGUUUAUUUUUAUUAUUUCAGCUUAUUCUGUACUUCAUUAUCUCAGCAGCAUGUGGUGGACUGGCCUGGAAAAAAUGCACUUAAACCAUGGAUUAUUAGAUCAUUUUUAUUAAUCCAUGCUUAAACGUAUAAUGAUAAAGAAUGCGAAUACAUAGCUCUUGGUGACCUCCAAUACCAGCGCAAUUAGUGGACAAAUAAUUUCUGCACGUGUUAUUCAUCAGUGGACGAGAAUGUGGCAUUAAUCUCUGACAUUUCACAAUUUAAUUCGUACAGUACGUGACAUUCGCGAUGCGAUCUUCGCCAUAAUAAUUUUACGGGAUAAAUCUUUUAAAUAAUUUUCAAUUUGAAAUCAUGAUGACACAUUACGAUUUCAGUCAUAAACGACACUCUCCUCUCAUGCAUAGACAAAUUUGGCUAACGUUUACGUCGUUGCUACCCAAUGCAGAACCUUAGAUCACUCACAUGUCUAGUUACUAUUGUUCUAGUUUACAAAAGCAUAAAAUAGGCUAAAGUAACUAAGCAUUGAAUUAUGUCAUAUAAGAGUUAUUCACUCAUGUAGAUAAUUCUAAAGCUUAGUUACCUUUGUUCUAUUGUAUACUUCUGUAAACUAGAACAAUAAACUUGUGAAUUGGGUAUAAACAGACGUUAGCCAAAUUUGUCUAUUAGGACAGCGACUUGUGAAAAUCACACAAAUUUUAGGUUUCAUACACCCAGUGGCGUAACGUUAUUUUCAGGGCCCCCGUGAGUUCAAAAUUUGUGAAGGCCCCCUGGUACGAGUACGAAAGACACGAGUCAAGCACCACAGGUGCGGAAAAUUUUUAAAUCUAGAGUCUCUGAAAUGCCAUUUCCUGUACUUUGAGAGAAGAUUUGACAGAAUUCUGAUGGUCAGAAAACGACAUAACAUCGAAAUAUACAGCCUGAGGGCCCCCAUUUGGGCCAUUGGGGUUGGGGUCCGCCCGGUCCGAACCCAUAGUAGUUACGCCGCUGGUUUCACCAUCAUCAAAUUGUGAGAAAUAGGCGUUUGCUCUCAUUCCCCAGGGACCAACUCAACAAGAGCCAUGGCGGCCAUGUUGGUGUUGCAGACAAGAGUCUAAUGUCUAGUCUUUUGGUGCGGCUGUGACGUCGGAAGAGAUUAUUUCGCUGGUCUCAGAGUGACAAAACGUAACAAAGCAACGGUUUUACGAACACUAACCCUACUCCAAACACCAACUCUAACCCUAACCUAACCCUACUCCAAAUUCGUUUCUAAACCAAUUUUGAAGAAAAAAUUUUUGACGAAAUGUCAGUCUGAGGUCAACGAAAUAGUUGAUGCCUGUGAGGUCAUGUGCAAACGCUCUAUACAGGAGCAGAUUGUUUCACGACUGAUUAUCAUUCGCCAGAAUGACAGUUGUAUCAUAUCACGAAGAAUAGAGCGUUUUCAUUCCUUUAUAUAUACGGUCCUUCUGCAUGAUAAAGAAAUCACUUGUCUUAGUCCAGACCUUAAAAUAUCGGUCGGUCACGGAAAUUGUCCGACAUAGAGAGGAAACCACUGGACAUUCUGUCCGACCCAAGUUUAUUGUUUGUCCGACCCAAGUGAAUUGCCAGUGUCCUACUUAACUGUAACUUUGUCCAACGUAAAUCAAAAUGUACCUUCAGGACUACAGAUUCAGUAAUGUAUAAAAAGUGAACUGGAAAUGUGUAAUCAAGUGCGGGGGUUUCACCGUGGGGUUCGGAAAUUCAUUGCCAAGAUUCAAAUGACUUUUCUAAAUAGUGCUGACUGCUGAUAUUAAUUUGUGUCUGCAUUCAUAUACUAUUUCCAAGCCAAACUGAACUCAAAGUCAACGGACAUCCAUCGGACACACAAUACAUAUAUGUCCGACCCGUUCUCUGACCGAUAUUUUAAGGUCUGCCAAAAUCACAAUAAACUUUUGAAAACUCUCUGUACUUCUGUAAAUAGAACUUUAUACUAUAUAUCUACGAAAUUACAUGGAUUUAAAUUGUAAUACGUUAUAACUUAUAUCAUAAGCCUUGCCGUCAAUGCUUCCAACAAUGCUUUUGUGAAGUCAUGUAUAGCAUCUUGUAUAAAUAGCUGAAGCAGGGUGUUAGCCAGGCGACCGUCCUACGGACGGCCACUUCUGAAUUCGGACGGCUAAAUUUUAAUGGACGGCCUAAGGGAAUAUUUUCAAAUAGCAAUUUACAAGCGUUGUAAUAUUUCUUGAAUACAGUCGAAUUGUUGUCAUCUGCUGUUUACUUUACUUAUGGUAAUACGUUUUCAUACUUUUCCCCGUCGAAAACACGUUGAAUAUAGCUGAAUUGAAGUAUCGACAAACGCGCCAUGUUUUGGUAACCAUGUUGAAUCACGGAAGAGGUUAUUUCGCUUGCCUCAGAGUGACAAAACGUAACAAAGCAACGGUUUUACUAACACUAACCCUAUUCCAAACACCAACUCUAACCAUAAUCCCAGCCCUACUCCAACCUAACCAUACUCCAAGUUUGUUUCUAAACCAAUCUUGAAGAAAAAAAAUUUUGACGAAAUGUCCGUUGAUCACAGAAUAAAGAUCAUAUAGUUAUUCUGUGAUGUCGAUGAUUCUCGCAUAAGUACCAAGGAGAAUAAUUUGAAACCGUUGUUUUGAAAAACAGCAAUCGCUUUAUCACUCGAGCGCCACGUGAUUUAGAGUUACAGUUAC